CGUAUUUGUUUUUCAUUUUGAUUUUACCCAGAAGUUAACAACACACUGCUCUUCUCUCUUCCAUCGUUCGAGUUUGAAUUUGAUUUGGACGAGGUUGGAGGUUUGCAAUUUUUGUUGGGUUUUGAAUCUGAUUGUCUUGUGUAUUAAGGUUUGAGUUUUACGCGUAGAGAUGGAUAGCCCUCCGAAGAAUGAAAGUAAGGGAUUUUUUGCAUCCAUGUCUUCCAUGUUCAGCAACGCUAUGCACCGAUCAGUCAACGGGCUUCUUGGAUAUGAAGGUGUAGAAGUCAUAAAUCCAGAAGGGGGUAAAGAUGAUGCGGAGGAGGAAGCUCAGAGAGGAAGAUGGAAACAGGAGGAAAGAGAUGGUUACUGGAAGAUGAUGCAUAAAUAUAUUGGCUCGGAUGUAACAUCAAUGGUGACCCUACCUGUUAUUAUCUUUGAACCAAUGACUAUGCUUCAGAAAAUGGCCGAGUUGAUGGAGUACUCCCACUUGUUAGAUCUGGCGGAUGAAUCAGAGGAUCCAUACAUGCGAUUAGUUUAUGCAUCGUCAUGGGCUAUAUCGGUGUACUUUGCAUACCAACGAACUUGGAAGCCUUUUAAUCCUAUCCUUGGAGAGACAUAUGAAAUGGUUAACCAUGGUGGAAUUACAUUUCUUGCAGAACAGGUGAGUCAUCAUCCCCCAAUGAGUGCUGGGCAUGCUGAGAAUGAGCAUUUUACAUAUGAUGUGACUUCAAAGUUGAAAACUAAGUUUUUGGGAAAUUCUGUUGAUGUUUACCCUGUUGGAAGAACUCGUGUGACUCUUAAGAGAGAUAAUGUAAUCUUAGAUUUGGUGCCACCUCCUACAAAGGUUAACAACCUCAUAUUUGGCCGGACUUGGAUUGAUUCACCUGGGGAAAUGAUAAUGACAAAUUUGACAACUGGAGACAAAGCUAUACUAUAUUUUCAACCAUGUGGGUGGUUUGGCGCUGGUCGAUAUGAAGUGGAUGGAUAUAUUUAUAAUUCUUCUGAGGAGCCUAAAAUAUUAAUGACUGGGAAGUGGAACGAGUCAAUGAGUUAUCAACCUUGUGAUUUAGAAGGAGAGCCUUUUCCAAACACAGAAUUGAAAGAGGUUUGGCAUCUUGCUGAUAUUCCACAGAAUGACAAAUUCCAGUAUACACAUUUUGCUCAUAAAAUUAACAGCUUUGACACUGCCCCUAGAAAGUUGUUGGCAUCAGACUCUCGUCUACGCCCAGAUAGAUAUGCACUAGAGAUGGGUGAUUUGGCAAAAUCUGGGACAGAAAAGAGCAGUUUGGAGGAGAGACAACGAGCUGAAAAGAGAACUCGUGAGGAAAAACGGCAUAACUUCACGCCAAAAUGGUUUGAUUUAACUGAAGAAGUGACAUCAACUCCUUGGGGUGAUUUGGAAAUCUAUCAAUAUAAUGGUAAAUACACUAAACAUCGAGCUGUUGCAGAUAGCUCGGGAAGCAUUGAUGAUGUUGAUGUUAAAUCAACUGAAUUCAAUCCAUGGCAGUAUGGUAAUUUGGCCACGGAAUGAAUUAGUUAUUUAGUUCCAAUUUGCUUUCGAUUUUGGAUGCUGCAAUUAGUUCAUUUAACCUUCUAUUGAUACAUAAAACAUAGAAUAAAUCUAAUUUUAUUUUGGUUAUGUUGGCUUGUGCACAUUGUAAUGUCUAUUGUUCUCUUUCUGCCUAUAUUAGUAUUUUAAUUCA